AUGAUGAAAGAAGAACAUUUUUUCGGUAGUAGAGCAUCGUGUAAAGAGAGAGCCACUGUAAAAUGUAAAGUCGAAGAUGAAACAUCAGCAGUACACAAAUUAUCUGCGAUUAAUUUUCUCAAGACAUUCCAUUGUCUUUGUGCUCACUCAACACUGCUACUUGUCAGAAAUCACAAAAAAAAACGAAAAUUAAAAUACAAUUCAACUUUAACAGGUGUAAAUUACUGGCUUUAUCAAUUCCAAAUGACCAUUAACAUCGUCAUGAAUUACACUCUAAAAUCUCAUAAAUAUAUCGCCAACAAAAAUAGUAGCAUUUAG